GACCUGUUAAGCCCCAAAAGAAGAGUAUGAUAAGGAAGGAUGGAUGUAUAAAGUUUCUAUCUUUGCUACUCGUGCUUUUGAUGUCUGUGCUGAUGGUAAAGGGUGAUGAUGCAAAAAGUUCAAAUGAGAAAUUUAGUGACUCAUUAGAAUUAGUCAAUCCCACAAAUUUUAAAGAACAUGGAACCAAGACACUCAAUUUUCUUGAACAUAAAAGAAAUCUAGCUUCCUGAACGGCUUAUAGCGAUUGUAGUUCUUGCAACGCUGUAGACACUUGCAAGUGGUCUGCCACUAGCUGCCAAGAUAACCCCUCAGGAGUCAAGGCUCUUGAAGACUACAAACUUUGUCAAAAUGAUGCUCUUCAGAGACAAUAUUGCUUCCCGUAUUCAGGUCAAACUCCUUAUGAGCUGUCAACAAAGGUCAGAACCCUUAAGCAUUACCCUGAUACAUCUAAUAAAAUCCCAGCAGGGGUUAUCUGUGAAUGGCUGAUCAGCGUGACCCCAUCUGGAACUGUAUCUUAUGAAAUAGAUUGGACGGAAAAAGAGGCACAAGAGAUAUUUAUCGAAUUUACUUAUUCUAAUGAUGUAAUAAAUAACAUCAACACGACACACAUCGAUCAUAACAGGAAGGAGUUCAAGUCGGAAUCUACUAAAUUUAUCAAAAUAUAUGCUAUCCAAAAGAGAGAAAGUUCUAGAAGUACCUAUAAUGUCAUUUUAUACAAGUAUUACGAGCCACAAGCACAAAUUCUGCUGAUAAUUAUAUGCCUCAUGGUCGUUGUGUUUCUUAUAGUUGGAGUCCUCAUGGCAACAAAGAUUAUUCAUUCAUGAAUAAAACUAAGGGAAGCCAGAUUGGAGUUGCAAAAUCAGCAGAGAAUUCACGAUAAGCGAAUGAAUCGAAUCUUGGAGGAAAAUCCCCCGGUUCCUUAUGAACAAGCUCAUGUUAAGUUUCAUCAAACUUCGUGAGUUAUCUGUCUCGAAGAAUUUGAAGAUGAUCUUGGCAGGAAAGUAAGAAUCCUUCCUCAAUGAAAUCACGUGUUCCAUUCUGAAUGCAUCAACGAAUGGUUUAAAAAUAGCAAAGAUGUUGACUGUCCGCAUUGUCAUAAUCAUCUAUUAACAAAGAAAGAGAUUAAGAGAGUGAGUAUGCACAGUCGCAGUGAAACCAUUGGAAGACACACAAAUCACUCGGUCCAAGAAAACGAUUCAGAACAUGAGCCAAAUCAUGAAGAUAUCGAGUCCCCUCCAAAAGAGGAAGAAGAAAAAGAUGCUGAGCCUGCUGAUAUUUCCACCCUAAAACCCCCCAAAACUCCACUAAUAAACACUUAUCUGCCCACCUCCUCAAGACCUUCAGACUCUUUAUCCCAAGUACAAUUUUUCCAGACCAAAUGCUCCCCACCUCACUCUGCCACCUAACCCCUAACUUCCAU